ACCACUUCUCGCAGUUUGGAAUACUCAAAAACACAGAAGCGUUGCUACCUUAUGAGUAUUGCUACCUUAUGAGCACUGGUGCCAGACUUUGUCGCUGACGUUCAGGCCGUGAGACAACGUCUAGUAUGCAAAUGUGAGACUCACUGGCGAUAUGGAAUAUUGGGGCGUCAACGAGAACCAAGUUGUUGUCUUGAACCUGCAGCUCUAUUGCUGCUGUUCUCUGGACGCCGUAUCCGGCUGUCAAGGUAUGUCCGGAGUAGACUCCACGGACAUGUUCCUAUCUGCUAUCGCAUACUCCCUCUGCCUCACCUUCACGGACCACCCGCCUCCGUCCAUCUGGCUCCACGUCGACGCGCAAAACGACGUCGAUCUACUGCCGCUAGACUACUCCAACACGGUUGGAUACUUUACGUAUUGAUGCAACGUGGACAUCACGACACUCUGAGGGUGGAGUUUUCGUUCCCGGACAACAUGGGACGCACAAAGGAACUUGUGGCCUGAAUGGCCUCA